CCAAAAUUUGGAUACUCAAAGUCAAAUCCCUAAAAUUCGAAAUCGAAAUUUUUUUACACAGUCGAAGCGCCAUGACCUAAAAAUCUCAAAACUUCCCCAACAAAAAUGGCGCUUUUACUCUACCCAUUUCCUUUUACCUCUCUUCUACAUUACCCCUUCUCUCAAAUCUCUCUUUCCCAUUGAAAAAAACUAAACCCAUGGCGGAGAAUCAGAACUGUACGAGGAUGACGAGGGCGGCGGCGAAACGUAAAGCGUCGUCCAUGGCGGUGGACGAAGACCAAGUUACCAAGAAGAGAGUUGUGCUCGGAGAGCUUCCGAAUAUGUCCAAUGUCGUUGCUGUUCCGGUGAAACCCAAUCAAGAAAGAGAAGCCCUUAAGGCUAAAGUAAGUGUUAACCCCGCGGCGAAGAAGCAGAUGAAGAAGAAGGCUUUGAUGGUUCCUUUAGCUCCGGUGGUGGUUCCUGAAGCUAGUCAAGAGAUUGAAUCGAGAUCUGUUGAUCCUCAGAUGUGUGAGCCUUUUGCGAAUGAUAUUUGUGCGUAUCUUCGUGAAAUGGAGGGGAAGCCAAAACAUAGACCUCUACCUGAUUAUAUUGAAAAGGUUCAAAAUGAUCUAACACCUCAUAUGAGAGCGGUUUUGGUGGAUUGGUUAGUGGAGGUUGCUGAGGAAUAUAAACUCGUCUCGGAUACACUUUAUCUCAGUGUAUCCUAUAUUGAUAGAUUCUUGUCUGUGAAGCCUAUUAAUAGACAGAAGCUUCAGCUUGUGGGGGUUUCUGCAAUGCUUAUUGCGUCUAGGAAAUAUGAAGAGAUUGGUCCUCCUAAAGUGGAAGAUUUUUGUUACAUCACGGAUAAUACAUUUACAAAACCAGAUGUGGUGUCGAUGGAGGCAGAUAUACUUCUUGCUUUGCAGUUUGAAUUAGGAAGUCCAACCAUCAAAACAUUCCUAAGACGGUUUACAAGGGUUGCACAAGAAGAUUUCAAUGACUCACAAUUGCAGAUAGAGUUCCUUUGUUGCUAUCUAUCAGAAUUGAGUAUGCUAGAUUACACAUGUGUGAAGUAUUUGCCGUCUCUUUUGGCUGCUUCGGCUGUCUUUCUUGCCCGAUUCAUCAUCCGUCCAAAACAACAUCCUUGGAAUCAAAUGUUAGAAGAAUACACAAAGUACAAAGCAUCUGAUCUGCAACUAUGUGUUAGUAUCAUACAUGACUUGUAUCUAAGCAGAAGAGGAAACACUCUAGAAGCUGUUAGAAAUAAAUACAAGCAACAUAAGUACAAGUGCGUCGCGACCAUGCCUGUUUCACCGGAGCUACCUCUUGCAUUCUUUGAAGAUAUUACCAUUAGAGGAAAGGCGUAAAAAGAAGCAUGAAGCUUAUUGUGUUUGGAAAUUGCAAGUACCUGAGUUUUGUGUUGUAUAUAUCUGUUAUUAGAAUGGCAGAUGCAGAUUAGUAUUGAGUAAUCUCUUUUAACUUGUCUUCAAUGAUUUUUUUUUUGCUAACGUUAGUUGGCUUGGCCAAUAUUUUCAGUGGUUAUUAUUAGCUUUGAUU